AUGAGUUGGUCCUCCGUGCGGGGUAAUGGCCGAUACAAUCCUCCAAUCGGCAACAACACGCCUCUGUCUCCAUCUCCUAGCCCGAAUCAUGGAGAACUGUUUCGAGAUCGAGGUAUUGAGUUGUCCGAAGCGGGCGACUAUGACGGGGCCAUUCCCAUGUACGACACUGCCCUGAGCUACGAACACUCAGACGUCACUACCCUCCUCUAUCGUUCCUUUGCUCACACUUUACGUCGGACGCCCGAUUUAGAGAAGGCAUUGCAAGAUGCUGAACAAGCCGUCCAGAUCGAUCAGACAAAGUGGAAGGCUUGGAAGCAAAAAGGCGAGAUACUUCGUAGUCAGGGAAAUAUUCCUGAGGCAAUAGGUGCCUUGACAAAAGCAGCAGAUCUUGCAAGUGGCUUAGAUCGUCUUGAACUGCAAAGACUACUACAAUCUGUGAAGCAUGUGUCGCCUGUGAAUCCUGCGUCGACCCAGCAAACGCCAUCUCCGCCAUCGCCACCAGAGGGUUCAGGGACAGGUCCUCCUCCUAGCACGUCGACAACCGCCCCAGACCGUACAACAACUUCUCAGCCUCAGCAAGCAGCUCCAAACAAUACAUCAAAUCAUGUCUCGACUCAACCUAAUGCCAGCAAGCCUCCAAGCCGCACUCAGAACGUCAACCAAUUUGGAAAUCAAAAUAGACAACCUUCUACCGCUCGAUCCCAGUCCUUGCAGAACAUUAAUUCAGUCUCUGACCCUCAGUCUCCGACCCCGCAAAUCAGUACACAAGCAAAUACUGAACCAGCUCCGCUGCAGCAAUCUAACCAGCCACAGGUGACGAGAAACUUCAACGUGGAAACUGUCAAUCAGUCUACAACGCCCACCGUACUUCCAUUCAGUGGGGAGGAUUUGAUCAAUUCAGCCCAGCCCAAUGAACCCCCUCCUAGCUACUCUCAGGGCACGUCAAUAUCCAUUACCGAGGCCAACAGACGAUCAACUGAGCUAAAUCUUGCCCUCGCAGCGCAGAAUAAAGGCUGCAUCGGUAUCAGACCUUACACAACGUCCGAUGGUAUCGAUGUCGUCCAGCUGAUCUACGAAGGCAUGACCCAGGCUGAGCUCACCACACGUGAAAUUGGGAAGCCCAUUUUCCUUCAUGAUAAAUUCAAGUCAAUGGUGGUCUCAAGUUACAACAUACCUGGGACCAAUUGGCUCGACCUAGACCCUGAAAGCUCGGAACACUACGAAGGAAAGCUAGGUGGUACUGUCGCCAUCCAGGGGUAUUCAGAGGAGUACAGGACCUACCAGUUGAUCAAACGGCCUCUCGUCAAAUUGGCCCUGGAGGCGAGCUCGGGCUUCAAAGAAGUCGAUCUAGAGAAGAUCGUCACUCACGCGCGGCUGAUCCAGUCGCUACCGACCACGGAAAAUGAUGAGGCUCUCAAGAAACUGUUGAACUUAUCAAGCACCGAGUCCCUCAAUCGAAGCCUAUAUGAUCAUCCCACGCGCUUCCUAGACUUCUCUAAAUCCCGCACCCUGACCCAGCACGUCUUGGGCACUGAAGAUCAGGAUAUCGGCUGCAAAAGCUUUCUUUUCCAGAUCGUGAUCGGCGCAGAGCUCCUAAUUCGAAUGCGUAAGCAACCUGUCAAUAUUAGUUAUCAAGGUAUUGUGACAGACAACAUUUCCGCGUUGUUGGUGGCUAGCGCCGCCUGGAUGAAGUCUGUGACGAUUACAGGUCCCAGACAACAAGGACUGCGGUACUUAUUCGCUGCUCAAGAACACCGCCGCAAUUCUGAAGCAUUGAUACGAUUCGCCGAGUGUAUGCAAUGGCCAUACAUGGACGAAGCACGGAACUACAUGGAGGACGCUUAUAUCAAUCUUGGGUCUGCAAAAGAGGCCAUCAGUUUAGACAUCUGCGACUGGCUCUAUGGACUGAUUCUGCCCGGAAAAUUCUUCCGCCACCGCAUAUUGUGCUGUUUGGUUUUCGCUUCCUGUUCCUCCCGGGCCCUCAAGGGCGCCCCUUUCUAUGAUAAUGGCCUGAUCGUGGCCGAUAAAAGCUACUGGCCCAAGAUUACGGUUCUUGGUCGCGUCCUCGGAGGCUUUCAUAGCUGUAAGUCAAUUUGUGGCUGGGUGGGUCCUUUGCCUAAGCCUGCGGGCAACGUGUCAGGCUGGGUCCGCCUGAUAAGCCGUUCUGUGGAUGUCCCCGUUCCUGUCAGCAGGAAGAAUGAUAUCCUGGUCACGUUUGGCUUUGAUCCUAACUCCGAGGAUUCGUCCAAUAUCGUGGAGAGUAUUACCAAUGUCAAUAAUUGGGCCGCUGCAGAUCCUCCGAGUAUUCCUCCAAACGAUUCGAGUCAAAGUGUCCUUAAAUCCAUCGAGCUGGCUUUGAAUGCACCUGGACCAGAUAGCCCAUUAGUCGACACAGAUUUGCCUCAGGAGCAGUAUCGUGCAUCUCUAAAAUUCCUCGUUAAUGGGGUCAGCGUCACAUAUACCUUGUAUUCAAACCCUAUUUUUGUAUCGGCGCCUCCGUGCGUAGGCACGCAUCCACUGCACAAGAGAACUGCACAGAAAUACCACCAAAAUACGGUCCGAGUACCCGAUCUAAAAAACCAUUAUCCCAUUCCCAACGAACUUUUGGUCAUCAAUGCUUUGGGGAAGAACGAGGAGACGGGUGUUGUUAUGCUUGCGCUACGGCAUUGGCAUCAUGUAAAAAGGGAUUAA